UCUCCUCUUCUCUCCCUCUUUCCCUCUCUCUCUCUCCCUCCUUCUCUCUCUCCUCUCUCUCCCUCUUUCCCCAUCUCUUCCUUCCUCUCCCUUUCUCUCCCUCUUUCCCUCUCUCUCACUCCCUUCUUCUCUCUCCUUUCCUCUCUUCCCCAUCUCACUCUCUCCGUACCUCUACACUACAAUGCCGUUGCACAGUGUGGACAGACACCAGCCGUGGCUGCUGGGGAUUAUAGUUUGAGAAGGUCUUGAGCUGUGGUUCUCACCCUGAGGAUCCCCAAGUGUUUUGACCUACAACUCCCAGAAAUCCCAGCGGUUGGGAUUCCUGGGAGUCGAAGGCCAACACAUCAGGUUGAGAAGAACUGCUUUGAGCCCUGCAAGACACCCAUGACAUCGUGCCUAACACACCUGAACCUCAAGGUCUUAUCUCGAAUCCUAGUUUGCCGUGUGAUCUCAGGUCUAAUUUAUUCUCCCUUUGAAAGGUCUGUUGCCUUCUCUGCCAAUGAGUAGGGCUUCCUGACCAAACUACAACUCCCAGGAUGGAUUCAUAAGCUUUGGGUUUGCUUCUCAAGCCAGACUAGACAGCCUACUCUGUCUCUCUCUCUCUCUCUCCCCGUCAAAGACGCACAUCUUCCUCCGCACGCAUGCUUCCCUCUCAAGGGAUGCCCUGAAAACGUGCAGUCAGGCCUCACCUUGGAGUGCGGACGCUGCAGAAUUAACAUCGUGGAACUUGUAGUUCAGCACCGACAUUCCUCGACACAAAAGGCUACAGACCUUGGAGGACAGCAUCUCCCAUGAAUCCGUAUCAUUGAAGGGAGAAGAUGCCAUUCCAUCAUGUCACAGCUGGGCUGUUAUAUAAAGGGAACUACCUGAACAGGUCCAUUUCGGCAGGCAGCGACAGCGAGCAGUUGGCCAACAUCUCAGUAGAAGAAUUAGAUGAAAUCCGGGAAGCUUUUCGAAUACUGGACCGCGAUGGCAAUGGCUUCAUAUCCAAGCAGGAGCUGGGGAUGGCAAUGCGCUCAUUGGGAUACAUGCCUAGCGAGGUGGAGUUGGCAAUCAUCAUGCAGCGCCUUGACAUGGAUGGGGACGGUCAAGUUGACUUUGAUGAAUUCAUGACGAUCCUUGGACCAAAACUGGUGUCAUCAGAAGGACGGGAUGGCUUCUUGGGGAACACCAUUGACAGCAUCUUCUGGCAGUUCGACAUGCAACGGAUAACACUGGAGGAACUGAAACAUAUCCUCUACCAUGCAUUUCGGGACCAUUUGACAAUGAAAGACAUUGAGAACAUUAUCAUCAACGAGGAAGAGAGUUUGAAUGAGAACUCUGGCAACUGUCAGACUGAAUUUGAAGUGCACUCUCAGAAACAGAACCGUCAGACCUGCGUACGGAAAAGCUUAAUAUGUGCUUUCGCUAUGGCCUUUAUUAUCAGUGUCAUGUUGAUCGCCGCCAACCAGAUCCUCCGAAGUGGCAUGGAGUAGCCACAACACUGUGAAACAAAACCACGCAUGCGCAUGCUGCCUGAUGAACUUUCUCCCCAACCAACUUCAAAACAAGCGGGCAAAGAAGAGGACGAGAGGGACGAAUCAGAAAAGCGCAACGAACCAGAGGCCAGCAGCGUAUGGGUUGAACAUCAAAUAUAUCCUUUUGGCAGGGACAUCAAAGGGCUGUCAAUGCUUUAAUGGCUUUCGUUUCCUAAUGCAAUAAAACAGGAGGAGCCCUGAUAUAUUUUUUCGGGUGGGGGAGUAGGGGUGGCAAGCGUUUUUUCCAGAGCGAGGAGUCGCUGUCAUACCAGCUAUAGAUGUUUCAUUCAACAAGAAGACUGGGUGACACAAAUCAAGAUGUGUUUGUGGGUCGGGAUGUUCCGAAGAAGACCUUUCCAAUUGUCUGACUUUUGAAGGCAAUUGCUAUAUAUAUAUAUAUAUAUAUAUAUAUAUAUAUAUAUAUAUAUAUAUAACCACGACAACGUUCGAGUCAUAACUUGUUCCAGUUCUGUCUGAUUCUGGGGUUCCCUCUAGUAGCAGGUUCUUCAGGGAUGAAUAAUGCUCACGAGGACCCUUGUUCAUUUGUUAAGUGUGAUCUCGCACAUUUAGAGUCACCAUCAACGCACUGCACUCAUGCACUAUAGCUUUUCCACCAGGAAGAUAGAGCAAGAGAGAUCAAAAAAGGAGAAAAAUAAAUUAAUCAUGCUGUGCUUCUUAUAGUACGCAUACCAAGUCUUCCUUACAUAUUUUGAAAGAGUAUAACAAAGGAGUACCGUGUAUCUUGACCCAAUGUAUACAGCUUGACGGAAUUUUUACUCUCCCAAAUCAACGUCUCAGCCUAAUUUAUAUUUGCACCAACCUUAAUAUUUAAUUAUAUGAACUACUUAUUGAAUUGGAUCCAGGAUUCAUCAUACUACAUUUACUAGGACGGAAAUGUCCUCUUAAGUAGGGUUAAAUCUAAACCCGAUCCUUUGCCUUUAGAACAGGCAUGGGCAAACAUUUUUGCCUUGGGGUCUCAUUGUGGGCUCGACAGAAAGGACCGGGCCGGGAGAGAUGGUGGCCAGUUAUGCACUGGGUAGGAUGGACCUGGGAGGAGAGGGACUGUGAGAGGGUGGGGCUGAGAAGGGGCGGGUCAUCUUCAGGUUGGCCUCUUGCUUCUCGCUCCAUCCUUAUGCCGGGAGGAAAAUGAGUCAUGUGGCAACUGCCCCGAUCCUUCUCCCCUAUCCUCCUUCCCGAUCUUUGGCUUGUCCUCUCAGCAUUAUGCUGGGAGGUGGGCGACACAGGUGACAGCCGAGAGCGCUCCAGAGGGCUCUCAAAUGUUGUCCUCUCAGCAUAAGAACAGGGCCACUCACAUCAACCUCAUGCCGUGAGGAGGGCGAGACAUGCGGUGGCUGAGAGUGCUCCAGAGGGCUCUCAGCUGCUGCAUGCCUUCCUCCCCUGUCCUUUCUGCAUAAGGGUUACGCCGCUCGCUCCAUCCUUAUGCCGGCUGGAAAUCGAGACAUGUAGCAACUAUCCUGAUCCUCCUCACUAUCCUCCUCCCCCGAGAUUUUGGCUGUCCUCUCAGCAUUAUGCCGGGAGGAGGGUGAGACUGAUGAUGGCUGAGAGCGCUCUGAAGGGCUCUCAGCUGCUGCGUGCCUUCCUCCAACCAUCUUCUCAGCAUAAGGAAAGGGCCACUCAUAUCAUCCUUAUGCCAAGAGGAAGGCGAGACAUGCAGUGUCUGAGAGCGCUCCAGAGGGCUCUCAGCCACUGCAUGCCUUCCUCCCCUGACCUUUCUGCAUAAUGAUGUUCAAGCCAUCAUAUCCUUAUGUCGAGGGGAAAACGAAGAGAGCCUGAGGUAAGCACCCAGGGGCCUGCAUCCAGGCCCUGGGCCUUAGUUUGCCCAUGCCUACUUUAGAGGAUAUUUGGAAAAUAAAUAUUACGCAUAGAAAUAUGCGUCAAAAAUCAACCCAAAAACGUAACCAUGGGUUGAUGUGAGUGCAAUACCUUCACUCUUAUCAGAAAAGGACCCAUCCCCUUUUCCAGGACAAGUGGCAAACUGUCCUAGACUUAUACAUUAGGUCGAGUAUACAUAGUAACUAAGAGGACAGAGUGUUGAAUUAGUGCAUUUCAUUGAUAUACUACAGCUUUUUCCACCAAAAAAAGGAUCCGUACAGGAUAACUUAGGAAUCUUUGGCUGAUUGAGUAACACAUCAUUAGUGGAUAAACCCCGAACACACAGCAGCAGAUCUCAUGCCAUUGUGAUGGGAGGUUGGAACACUGGUGACGCUACACCAGGCAUGGAGAAAUCCAGGCCCAUGGGUCGGACACAACUCCUUGGGCUCUUUCCUCCAGCCCUUGUCUGCCUCAGCCCUCUGUGGAGCUCUCGGCAGCUGCGUGUCUCCUUCUCCUCUCAGCCUGGGGACAUGGCGGGCUGCUGCAUCCCCAGGCUGAGAGGAGAGCCAGGGCAUUUGCAACAGCUGGCACAACAAGGAGAAUGCGAUGGGUCAAUGAGUGCCAUCCCAUGUUCCUGGACCACUCAAGCCCAGGGAACAUGGCAUGGCCAUGUAAACAGUUGCAGUUGGUUCUGCCUCGGAACUGACCCUACUGUACAUAGGCCCAAGGUCUGGGCAGAAUUCAGAGCACCCAACUUUGUUUUAAUGCAGUUCAAGGCCACCUUAAAGCCAAUUCAGCUACCCUUCACGAUAAACAAUGUACCCCAAGUUGUAGAAGCUCUGGGUCCAAGUCCGUCGUGAGCUCUGAAAUUCAGUGUAUGAUCUUAGGCCAAUCACUUUAGGGCAGUGGUUCCCAAACUUAUUUGGCCUGCUGCCCCCUUUCCAGAAAAAAUAUGACUCAGCGCCCCCUGGAAAGGGGGGCAUGGCUUAGAGAGUGGGCAUGGCUUCUGCUCAAGAGGGCGGGGCUGAGCCUCUCCCCUAGUCCAAGAUGCAGGGCCGUGAGGAGAGGUGGGCAGGGCCACAAAUGGGUGGCCAGGGCUGGGAUGGGUGGAGUUACGAGCUCUGAAUCAGGGCUGAGCUUCUAUCCCUGUCCUGUGGCGCCUGCCAGGACACAGGAGGCGGGGAUAGAGGAGGGGCGGGGCCUCUUCCCAAGUGACGGGGCUGAACCUCUCUCCCCCGCCCCUGUGUUCUAACAAGUGCAACAGGGGAGGUAUACAGAAGCUCAGCCCUGUCUCGUGCUCUUGCGAAGUGGCCCUGCCCUUUAGUCCUAAAAGGCCUCUCAGGAGAAGUAUAGAUGCUCAGCCCUGUCUUGGGCUCUUGGAAUGAGGCCCCGCCCCCUUCCCUACCUCUGCCCUCUGUGUCCUAACAAGCGCCUCCGGAGAGGUAUAGACUCUCAGCCUUGUGUCAAGCUCUUGGGAAGAAGCCACGCCCACUCCUCUAGCUCCGCCCCCUGUGUGUCCUAACAGGCGCCUCAGGGGCUCAGCCCUGUCUUCGGCACUUGGGAAGAGGCCCCGCCCCACCUCUGGCUCCGCCCCCGUGUCCUAAUAGGUGCCAUCACCGCCCCCCUGGAUCGCUGCAGCUCCCACCGGAGGGCGGUAGCGUCCACUUUAGGAAUCACUGCUUUAGGGUUUCUUCAAGUUGUUGUGUGAAUAACAUGGAGAGAGGAGCCUUUAGCUCAGCGAAGGAAAGGGUGGGUUAAGAUUAACUAGUAAAUAAUCCUGGCGAUACGAAAACCAUUAUCUGUACAAAUAAAUCAAAAGAUCAAGUCACAAGCUGUCCAUGUUAUUUAGCUGUUGAUUUUCACCAGCUUUUGAUGAUAGCUUUACCCACUUACCUGGGAGUAAGUUCUGUUAAAUUUAGCAAAACUUCCAAACCAUGAUAGGCAACGACACCUAACUUUACGAACAAAUGACCGCAAUAGCAGAAGCAAAAGAAGCUGCAGAUAAAAGCACAGUUUUCUAAAUAGACUAAAACUUUGGAGACAUGGUUUUUGGGUGGUUUGUGUAAGCAAAAAAUAAAUCAAGUCAGUUCCUGGGGAAGGUAUUUCAUCCAUGUAGAAAUUAAAAGAAUGCUCUAUAUGUAACCGUAUGUUAUCUCAUCAAACAAUUAAGCCUUACCUCGCCAGGUUGAAGGAGGACCCAAGGAAUGCAAUUAUUCCCAUUCUUUCCUGGAUGUGUCAUUUUCGAUGUUGUGAUGCAGUUCUCUAAGAAACGUGGAGAGAAAGGAACCCGCUUAUUUAGCCACAAAAGGGGUGGAUUUCUUGAGGCCAGUUUUGCAUGAACUAGGCAGAGAGCCGGCAAAAGUAUUUGCUUGCAAAAAACACAGGAUCCACCACAUCUCAGGACAACACAACACCACAAAUUAUCUACGAAAAGCCCAACACAUUUCAGCUUAUUAUAAAAUUUCCAGGUUUUCUUCAGGGUAAUGACUCUAGCGAACUAACUUGAUGCCACCUCAGUCUUGCGAUUUAUUCACUGGGGGCAUUGAUUGUUGGAUUGGUGGCUUAGUUGCUCAUUCAGGGAAUAGGGAUUUUUUUUUUGUGUGCGUGUGUACAGCGCCAGUAGAAAGUGUGCAUCAAUUCAUCUCCAUGUCCUCCCCAUCUUGAUAUACAUUGGCCAUGAUUUCUUCCCUCCUGGGAAUGUUGCAAUACCAGUUCUUUUUGUGAACUCACUUAUAUUGUACAUUAUGUUCAGGUUGCUGCUAAUCAGGAUGAGUAACGUAGCACAUGUGUGUAAAUAAUAUGUGCUACAGGUAGCAUAUGGCUGCUUUUCUCCCUCCACACUAGACCCAGUUUGCACUAUAAAUACUAUGAUGCCAUCACAAAAAUAAAAUCACCAAAAUAAAUUGGGCAUGUAAUCCUCAACACCUUCUUCAUCUUUGGGUAGGCGAAUCAUCUCCAUGAUGCAUGGAGCUGAUUCGGAUUAAUGAGGGCCUUGGACUGUAUUUUUAAUAAUAAUAAUAAUAAUAAUAAUAAUAAUAAUAAUAAUAAUAAUAAUAAUAAUAUACUUUAUUUAUAUUCUGCUCUAUCUCUCCGAGGGGACUCAGUGGAUUGAAGGUACAUAUAAGGCAAACAUUCAGUGCCAUUAUACAAUUGACAAGAUAGACAGUACACAAACAGAGGCAAGGCUUCCCUCUUUUUCCAUCUCUGGCAUCUAGAGACUGUGCUCGGCUCGGCCAUAGGGAGGUGCUGUUGUUUCAUUUUUCCACGUCGAGGAGCCUGUCGUCCAUGGACACCUCUGGAAAAAAAUGGAGAGAGCCUUUACCUCUGUUUAUGUAUUGUCUGUCCUUGUUAAUUGUACAAUGGCACUGAAUGUUUGCCGUAUAUGUGUUCUGUAAUCCACCCUGCCUCUCCUUGGGGAGAUGGGGUGGAAUAUAAAUAAAGUAUGAGGGCUAUCCAGAAAGUACAUUACAUUUUGGAAUUAAAAAUGAACAAAGUAUAGGAGAAACCAUAUGCAUUUGAAAGCCACACCCAAAUACCACAUCUCACGUAGUCGCCAUUCAAAUCUAGGUACUUUUCAUAGCGAUAAAUGAGCUUGGAAACUCCUUCCCCACUAAAUUCUGCCACCUCCAUCAUCAACCACUUGUUUCUAACAAUGGGGGAGUGGCUGGCAACGCAGCAUUUUGGCGACACUGUGCAGCUGCGGGGAGGGGGAAGGGUUGACAACGGAGGCAGCAGAAUUUAGUGGGGAAGGAGUUGCCAAGCUCAUUCAUUGCUAUGAUAAUUGCCUAGAUUUGAAUUAUGACUAUGUUGAGAAGUGGUAUUUGGGUGUGGCUUUCAACUGUAUAUGGUAAAUGCUUUCUCCUAUACUUUUUGAGGAUGCAAGCGGCAGAGUUUUGUGUGGAAGGAGUUGCCAAGCUCAUUCAUCGCUAUGAUAAGUGCCUAGAUUUGAAUUAUGACUAUGUUGAGAAGUGGUAUUUGGGUGUGGCUCUCAACUGUAUAUGGUAAAUGUUUUCUCCUAUACUUUUUGAGGAUGCAAGCGGCAGAGUUUUGUGGGGAAGGAGUUGCCAAGCUCAUUCAUCGCUAUGAUAAGUGCCUAGAUUUGAAUUAUGACUAUGUUGAGAAGUGGUAUUUGGGUGUGGCUCUCAACUGUAUAUGGUAAAUGCUUUCUCCUAUACUUUUUGAGGAUGCAAGCGGCAGAGUUUUGUGUGGAAGGAGUUGCCAAGCUCAUUCAUCGCUAUGAUAAGUGCCUAGAUUUGAAUUAUGACUAUGUUGAGAAGUGGUAUUUGGGUGUGGCUCUCAACUGUAUAUGGUAAAUGCUUUCUCCUAUACUUUUUGAGGAUGCAAGCGGCAGAGUUUUGUGGGGAAGGAGUUGCCAAGCUCAUUCAUCGCUAUGAUAAGUGCCUAGAUUUGAAUUAUGACUAUGUUGAGAAGUGGUAUUUGGGUGUGGCUUUCAACUGUAUAUGGUAAAUGUUUUCUCCUAUACUUUUUGAGGAUGCAAGCAGCAGAGUUUUGUGGGGAAGGAGUUGCCAAGCUCUUUCAUCGGUAUGAUAAGUGCCUAGAUUUGAAUGGCGACUAUGUUGAGAAGUGGUAUUUGGGUGUGGCUUUCAACUGCAUAUGGUAAAUGUUUUCUCCUAUACUUUGUUCAUUUUUAAUUCCAAAACGUAAUGUACUUUCUGGAUAACCCUCGUAUAUUAUUAAUUGCAGCCAGCUCCAUCUCUGCUUCCAUGAGCACAAAGUCUUGCUGUGCUCUGGAUUCAUUUUUGGAGCAACCUGCCACUUUUUAAAGACACAGUUCGAGUCCACGGUAAAGGGCCUUGGUCCACAUUAGGUCAUGUCAACUCCACGUGCCAUCAUGUGGUUGCCACGGAGUUGAUAGCAUAGUACUCCUUUGAGGAUAAUGGGUCGGUGUAGAUGUGCCCAAGGAGAACAAAAGCAGGAUAGUAGGGUGACCAUCUGGUGGCGCUGAACCAGGUUCGGUGCCACUGGACAAGAUACCUCCGCAACGGCCAGGGAUCUUGUGGGUCAAAACCAUCCCAGUUUCGAUCCGGAAUCUAGCACUCUGGAUCGCCCUGGGAUAAAGUGUCCUUAUAGAACUGCCUCCGGGCUCCUCCAUCUCCCCACAUGCUUCAUCAUAGCCUGUAGCCUUCAGCACACAAAUGAGAAAGGCUUAGAACCCAACUACACUAGCCAUUUCAUGUGGUUUCAAACCGGUUUUGCAGUGCAGAUAGUUAUGUCAGAAAUCCUGGAACCAGUUUGAGGCCCGGACGGCAUUGGCACAAACCACAGAGCAUUGAUGUGCAUUAAGGGCUUUCUUUGGGGCAUCUUCCUGGGAGUUUGUUGUUUGACCGCCGCAGUUUGAAGCUAGCCUCGAACCACAUGAAAUGGUCGGUGUAGAUGAGGCCGAAUUCUAGCAUCCCAUCACAAGUCUAUAAUAGACCCUUUCCAAUCUGUGACUGGUCUAUGGAACAAGUAGCGGAAAAUUGUGACAUUUUCACACUCUAUCAUAAAACCAGUCUACGAUGACUGCCAUUUUGCAGGGGAAUCAUCUGCACCAUUACACCACUCCAUCACCCAGAAAUAAUGACACAGGGAGUUAUUAUUGCCCAGCAGUUCCUUGUAUUUUUCGUAUUUGUCAGGUGUAGAAACUCAAGCAGAGCCAGGAUAGUUUGCUAAAAUUGUUUCAUGCGUCCCACACACACAACACUCAUCACCCCUGACACACUAAUAUGCACAUCCGUUGUAUAGUUCAUGCAAAUAACUAUGAUAGGUUAACUUUUAAUUUUGUUUUUAAUAUAGCACCGAAUGUGCGAGGCAGGAGAUAGCGGGCUCAUAGUCGGAUCUUCAACAGAGCCUGCUGCAGAAAAUAGGUAAUCAUGGGAAUAAAUUAUUUUUGCUUUUUUCCCAAUUAUAUGUCGAGUUUAUUCAGGCGCUUGAAAAGAGAGUGGGACUCGCUUGUAUUAAUUCCCUUCACCAAAAUGGAAAAUAAUAAUCGCUUCCCGGUUUUCAUCAACUCUCAGCAUUGUGUUUCCUGCAAUCUAAUCCACUUUUCGUUCAAAGAACAAUUGCAAGCGAGGUUGAUAUUGUGACCUGUCAGGGUACAAAAGAGAUCCAUACAUGCAUACAUUUUAAAAUGCAUUUACCUUGCAUGCUACUUUUCUAAGAAAAAAAAGAGAGAAAUAUUUUAAUAUAUUACCCACUAUAUAUUAUUGCACUGUACAAAGUAUAUAAAGGGAAGAUACUGCCAUAUAUCCUGCCUACUUAAUCCACUGUACAUAUCUUAUCUGUAUAAAACAAAAACAAAAUACUUUAAUUUUAAUCACUAUUUAUGCAAUAGUAAUAAAGUUGCUUUCUUCUUU